AUGAUGGGGUCAACAUCUAUCGACCUCGAUUCCCCAAUUCGCAUCUCCCAAACUCAACGGCCUCGCCCACCCGCGGAAGACCUCCAUCGAUACUGGAGAAGCCAUGAAGACGAAGGGUAUCUUGAGCGGUACUGGCCCGACGACCACGAUCACGAUGCUUGGAUCGGAAACAUCCGCCGGGUUCUCGUGCACGAAUUCCCCACGUUUGCGAAGGCCGACAUCCAAUAUUUCGCCAAAGGCACCUUCAAUCGUCUAUACAGUCUCACCCAUGCCAGUUGGGACAAAUCCUACAUCUUCCGAGUUUCCAUCCCCGUCGAGCCCUUCUUCAAGACGGAGAGCGAGAUUGCCACAAUGGAGUACGUCCGGCGGCACACCACAAUGCCCAUCCCCCGGGUGAUCGCCUUCUCCUCGAGCGACGCUAACGAGCUCGGAUACGAAUGGGUGCUGAUGGAAAUGAUGCCCGGCGAGCCGCUUCGCAAACUGUGGAGCGCUAUGCCCGAUGCCGCCAGAGUUGAGGUGUUCGCGGAGCUUGCAGUACACGUCAAACAGCUAGUUGCGCUACGGUUCAGCAAGUUUGGCAGCCUUUACUUCGCCGACGUUUCCGACCAAGUACUUCCCCACACUGCCUCAUUGCCAGUCCAAAACGGCAACGGUGCGGAACUUGUGGACAAGGACAUAGGCCCUGGCGGCCGUUUUGCCCUUGGCCGCAUCGUCGCCCAGGACUUCUUCUUCGACAAGAGGGUGUACUACCCUGGGUCUCGCGGGCCAUUUCAGACAACCCGGGAAUUGGUUGAUAUGCGGCUGGAGCUUCUCGAAAAGCGACUCCGAGAACUAUCUCCUGUUGAAGGAGCGGCCUGGUACUGUGAGAAUGACCGCGAGUUGGACCGCAACAAGGACCGUGUGUACGAGCUUUUCGACCAGCUCAAGGCCUUGGUACCGCGACUCGUCCCGCAGGAUAACGGGCCGGAAGAUGUUGGCGUCCUUUGGCAUGACGACCUCUCGGAGCACAAUAUCCUUCUCGACCCCGUUACGUUCAAGCUCACCGCUGUCGUUGAUUGGGAGUCUGUUAGCAUCAUUCCCGCCUACGAAACAUACGAUGCGAGGCCAGCCUGGCUCUCCGACAGGGACUGGAGGCCGACACCACUGGUUCAACUCGCUCGAGGCAUCCCGCCCAAUGACGAGUUUAUCACAGCAGAUAAGGUGCGACGGAUGGGGGAAAUGGGGCCGGCUCGAGAGGAAUAUCACCGGAUUGUCGGGCUUCUUUACGACACUACCUCGCCGGAGACCCAGCAGAGGGUCAAAAACAAACAAGGAAUUGCGAAGCAGUUGGAGAUCGCGACCUUUCAGCAUCGACCGUGGUGGACCGCCUCUUGGAUGGCCGAGAAUGGCUUUUUUUGCAACGGCACCGCGGCCGACGUUGUCGACGAACCCACCGACACCGUUGUACAGGACAACACCAUCAACAACGUGCAGGCGUAG